AUGUAAUUAUUAAAUCUAAACUCAAAUUCUUUAAUUGAAGAGAUACCCACUGAAAAGAAAUUAUAAGAUGAGACUAAAAUAUUACUUUAAAUGGUAUUCUAUUUCCAUUAAUUAUUAAGAAAGUUGAAGAUUUUCAUAAGAAAAUGUAAAAAGAAAGAAAUGAAAAAUUAUUUCAAAAAAAUAGAUAAAUUGCUUUGAUACCUCCAAUUUUGUAAGAUGAUUAAUUUAAUCCCUAUUUAUUUGAUGAAAAUGAUUUUGAAGAUGAAGAAACAUAACAUAUCAAUAAUUUUAUAGAAAUGGAACAAGAACUUGAAACAUUUUACUUACAAAAAAUUUGA